AUGGGAAAGGGAACCGAUAAGCUGUACAUCACACAUUCCGAGUGGUCUUCAUCCGACGCUUUCGGCAGCGCGCGCGGCGCAAACACUUCGACUCGGAACUCUGCGACUGGCCUUUCAUCGACCUUCAAGCGCCUGCCCUUCAACUACUGCGCCGUCUCGCUCCAACCCUUCACCGACCCUGUCUGCACCGAAUCGGGCACCAUCUUCGAUCUUACGCACAUACUCACCUGGCUCUCGAAACACCCCGGCACAAGCCCUAUAGACGGAUCGAGCUUGAAGCGCGACGACCUUAUUACCUUGAACUUCACCAAGAACGAGGACAACGAAUAUGUCGACCCGGUCACAUACAAGGUCUUCACCGACAACACGCAUAUUGUUGCGCUGAAGAAGAGCGGCAACGUCUUUGCAUGGGACACGAUCGAAAGAUUGAACAUCAAGGCGAAGAAUUGGCAGGACCUGGUCAGCGAUGAAGCCUUCACUCGGAAAGACAUCAUCACACUGCAAGACCCGCAAAACAUCGAGUCACGAGACUUUGGCUCGUUCAAGCAUGUCAAGGAGGGAGACACAGUGAUGCCAGACUCGGAGAGCAGCGUCAACAAGGAGGCGCUGGGCAACGCGGCCAAGAUUCUGAAGGCGAAAGAGGCCGUCGCGAAGGCGCGCGCAGACCGACAAGCCAAAGCACAGGGUGCUCAGUCCUCCAAGGCCCUCACUUCCACGACAAAAAAUGGCAAGACAGCAGGCGCGUCCAACGAGCCCAAGAAGCCCGCCUAUAAUGCCGCGGUAUACACUUCUGGCAAGGCCGCCGCAUCCUUCACGUCGACAGGUGUCACUCCGCACACAUCGAAUGCCCUCGCUAUCCUUUCCGACGAAGACUACAUGCUCAAGCCCAAGCGCGUCAAGAUCAAGGGCUACGCUCGCAUUUCCACCAAUCUCGGCGACCUCAACAUCGAGCUCCUCCCCGAAUUCGCACCGCGCGCAGUCUGGAACUUUGUCAAGCUGGCACAAAAAGGGUACUACAGAAAUACGGUGUUUCACAGGAACAUCAAGGGCUUUAUGAUACAAGGUGGUGAUCCGACAGGCACAGGUAGAGGCGGACAGAGUAUAUGGGGCAAGCCAUUCAACGACGAAUUCGACGGACCCGAACGACACAGCCAGAGAGGUGUACUCAGCAUGGCGAACAAGGGCAAAAACACAAACACGUCACAAUUCUUCAUCACAUACCGCGCAGUCCCGCAUCUCGACCGUAAACACACCAUCUUCGCAAAAGUCGUCGGAGGACUAGACACAACCCUGAAAGCAAUGGAGCUCACGGAGGUCGGCGAGAAAGACAAGCCCGUCGACGACAUCGAAAUCCAAGACAUCGUAGUCUUCGUCGAUCCCUUUGAAGAAUGGCAGAAAGAGCGCAAAGACAAAGAAGCAAAGGACGUCGAAGCAGAAGAAAUCAAGCGACAAGGCGGCACAGCAGACGACAAAACUACUUGGACUGGCAAGCGUAUACGCGCCGACGGCACAGUGGAUAACAGCAGCGGGGACGGCCUCGGUGUAGGUAAAUACCUGCAAGCAGCCAAGCAAGAGGUCCAGGAUAUGGGAGACGACGAGAUUGUAGGAUAUGUGGAUGAAGAGGAGGAUGUUGCGCCGGCGAAGAAGAAGAUUAAAUCGAGCGGGUUUAGCAAUUUUGAUGCUUGGUGA